UUCGACCCACGACACACGAACGACACACGAGUCACGACCCACAAGACGCACGAGAUACUCACGAUGGACACCAAGUUUUUGGUGCUCCUGGCCCUGGUCGCCUCGGCCACUGCUGGGCCCCUUUCAGUUCAAGAAUCCGACAGAUGCUCCGAGACAUGCGAAGACAACGGCAAGUUCAAGUACAACCCUGGAUAUAUCUACACCUACGACUACCAAGUGGACACCGCGACCAGCAUGUCCGGCGCCUCCGAGGACACGGCCAGACUGACCAUCCAGACCAGCGCUGACGUGGAAGUUAUCGGUCCCUGUGAGUUCGCCCUACGACUCCGGGACACCAGACUGCUCCACUCGGACAACGCCGGACACAUGAAGGCUGCCCACAGAGAAGAACAAUUUCGCCGAGGUGUAGAGGCCUCCGAGCUGAGGUUUUCCUUCCAAAACGGCGUCGUGGCUCAAAUCUGUUCCGGCCAAUCCGAGGAUGCCUGGGUGACCAACUUCAAGAAGGGAAUUCUCUCCAGCUUCCAGAACAGCAUGGAUGACCUGACGAAGGCCCAGAAUCUUACAGAGACUGACGUUGCCGGCGAGUGCCGCACCGAGUACAAACUGGUCAGCGACGGCUACUACAGCAUCAGUAUCAAGAAGAGCAAGGACAUUCUGAGCUGUACCAAACGUCACCAGUACAAGACCAUGCUGCAGAUGUCUCCUUACAAUGUACCCUCUGAGAUUCAGUCCCUCCCGAUCAUGAAGACCACACACGAGUGUGAGCAGGACAUCCAGAAGGCCGGAGUUCUCAAGUCCAGCACGUGCACUGAGACUCACGUCUACAGGCCCUUCGCCAACGGAAACAAUGGAGGGAUGACCGAGGUCAAGCAGACCUUGACCUUCAAAACGUCACAAUCUGGCGUCAGAUCUCGCCCAGGUAACGACAAACAAAAAAAUGAGAUUCAGUCCCUCCCGAUCAUGAAGACCACACACGAGUGUGAGCAGGACAUCCAGAAGGCCGGAGUUCUCAAGUCCAGCACGUGCACUGAGACUCACGUCUACAGGCCCUUCGCCAACGGAAACAAUGGAGGGAUGACCGAGGUCAAGCAGACCUUGACCUUCAAAACGUCACAAUCUGGCGUCAGAUCUCGCCCAGCCACCAUCAGAAGUAAAGACACUCUGGUCUUUGACCACUCUGCUAGCCUGCCAGACACCAAGAUGGCCCGUGUGGAGGCGGACAGACGUCUGCGUGACAUCUGUGCCACGUCCCAGCAAGACGUCAGAUCAGAGUCCCCACGCCAGUUCUCCGAGUUGGUCAGUGCCAUGCGGUCACUCUCCCAGAAGGACCUGGAGGAUCUGCUCAAACUGCUCAAGACCAAAUCCCUCUGCCCAGAGAACGAGAAGACCUACAAAUUCUUCUUGGAUGCUCUGCCCCUGACUUCCACUGGCGCUUCUGUGAAACUGAUGACGUCACUGAUCACCGACAAAGAUGUGAAGGGCAUGCUAGCUCAGGCCUGGAUCACUUCUUUGGGUUUCGUUCAAGCCCCGACAUCUGAUAUGCUUCUCAAUGCUAAGACCCUGGUGGACAGUGAGCACACAAGAGCGGAGUCCCUCCUGCCUGUCUCCUCCAUGGUCAACAACUACUGCAGGAAGAUGACGUCAUGUGACCAGGACUACGCCGUGCUCAGCGUUAUGGCCUCCCUAGAGAAGGACAUUGGCUACUACUGUGACGCUUCUGGAAAGAAUUUUGAAAAGGUCCUCCUGUCACUGAGAGCCAUCGGGAACGCCGGACACGCCACCCGGGCCGCUGACGUCACCAACAGGUGUCUGAGCGCCACUUCCAACCCGCUGGAGAUCCGGGUGGUCGCUGCUGAAGCCUUCAGACGGAUGCCUUGUGGCGCUAAGGACACAGAGCUGUGGAACACUUACGAGAACGGUGACCUUGACUCCGAACUCCGAGUGGCCGCCUAUCUAGCCCUGAUGCGCUGUCCCAGUGACGCAAUCCUGGGCAAAAUGGCCGCCAGUCUGGUCAACGAGGAAGAUGAACAGAUCGGAGCCUUUGUCUACAGCCACUUGACCAACCUGAGAGAGACCUCAGACCCACACAAACAAGACGUAGCACGUGCUGUGAAAAACCUCGCCCUAGACAAGGAGUUUGACCUGAACACCCUCAAGUUUUCCCGGAACUUCGAGGCUUCCACACUUAUCAACAAACUGAACACAGGAUUCACGGCCGAGAGCAACCUCGUCUGGUCCAGCGUCUCCCAGAUGCCCAGAUCUGUCACCGGAAAUCUGACCAUUGAUCUGUUCGGUCAAGCCAUCAACUUGAUGGACUUUGGCGCUCGUCUGGAAGGGUUGGAGUACCUCAUGAAGAAUCUUUUCGGACCCUACAUGCCAGAAGAGCAGAAAUUCAAGGUAUUACCUGAGCAUGAUCAAAGUGUGGUUAGUUUAAUAUCUUUGAAGCAAAGAGUUUUUGACAGUUUUGGUUUUCAAGACAUAAUAUAAAGCACCACAUGAUUGUUACAAGUCUGCAAAUAUUGCGAGAAACAAAGCAUCCUAUGUUGACUUGUAGCUUUAAAAAAAUUAAAAACACGACUUCACUGUUAUGGGAAUAGCAAAUGCAGUACGUUAACUAAUAUGAUCCAUUACUUCAUUGUCAAGAGAAUAGUAUUUGCAACAAGCGUUCAUGUAUUUUUGAAAGUAACACAGCAACUACAACAACA